CCCUCCCCGCUGAGUAACUGUGCAGACUACAUGUCCCAGCAUUCUCGGCGUCAGAAGGCGUGGCAAAUGCUCGGCGGGUGUGUCUCAUUUUUCCCCCCGCUGCCGUUUGAAUAUCUACCGCUGACUUCAUCAUGUCCUCUGAGCUGCCUGAGCGGAUCAAGCCGUUCCUAGUCGAGGGCCGCGUCGGUACUUUCGCGCAGUGGCCUUUCAACGAUGGAUGCCUUUGCACUCCAGAGCAGAUGGCAAAAGCUGGAUUCAUUCACUGUCCUGGUGACAAUGCCCCCGAUGUGGCUCAGUGCUUCUUCUGUUUUAAAGAAUUAGAGGGAUGGGAGCCCGAUGAUGACCCUAUGGAAGAGCACCGAAAACACUCCCCCAGCUGUGCAUUUCUUGCUCUCAAGAAGGAUGUGGCUGACUUGACUAUACAUGAGUUCAUAAAACUGCAGAAAGAGAGAAUGAAGAAUCUGACUAAAAAGCUCACUAUACAGAAAGUCCACGAAUUCGAGAAGCAUGCAUCACGUGUGCGCUCAGAAAUCAGCCGAUUGCAUAAAUAGAACUAUUGGUGCUUUUGGAUGUUGUGAAAUUAUUGUUGCUUCUUACAAACUGGCUGUGAGCAGAUGGUAAAUAGUUCUAUGGCUGCAUUUCUAUCCAUUGCAGGAGCUUCCCAUGUUUCCUCUUUGUGGAUAUUUUUUUUCUUAUUUGUUUUGUAAUAAAUAUUACUGGUUUCAAA